AUGUCGAAGAAAGAAGUACAGCUUUCGAGUUUAUAUGAUAAAAUAGAGUCAUAUUUGAGAGCAUUAGAAACACUCGGUGUAGCGACUGAUAAGUGUGCAGCAAUGCUUUUCCCGUUGGUGGAAUCAUCAUUGCCAGAAGAAUUGCUUAGAGUAUGGCAACGAUCGAAUAGCACCAAUGACUUUAAUGAGUCCGUGAGUUCCUCAGAUGCUUCAAAAACACGGUUAACAAAGUUGAUUAAAUUUUUAGAGUUAGAAGUACAAAACGAGUUGCGUAUUUCAAUGGCCGUGAAAGGGUUUAAUCUUAGAGAUCAAAGUGAAACAGAACGUUCUAAGAAAACCAAGCCACAGACUACAGGAAAAGACAUACCAAGUGCGCGUAGUUUAAUUAACAAGGGCAGAGAGGUUGUCUGCAUAUUUUGUCAAAAGAGUGAUCACGACAGUGCGAAAUGUACUCAGGCAAAGACUAUGUCCCUUGCAGAGAGACAAGAGGUUGUGAAGAGAAAGCGUGCGUGUUUCAAUUGUUUAAAAAUUGGUCACAAUAGGAGAUUUUGUCGGGUGUAUCUCAAAUGCACGAAGUGCGCUCGUCGCCACGUUGACAUUAUGUGCAGAGAAGAAAGUCGGAGUGAUACGCAAAGUGAGAAACCGCAAAAUUCUUUAAGUGCCGUUAAUAUACAGAAAGAAUGCAGUUUAGCUAUAUCGUGUAAUGUGCCGAGUACUUUUAUGCAAACACUAAAAGUUAAAUUACGCAAUGACUCGAGUGAGGUGAUUGUGCGCGCGGUGAUAGACACUGGAUCGCAAAAUUCAUAUAUUAUAAAAGAAAUGGCUGAACGAUUAAAAUAUGAACCAGUGGGGAAGCAAGAUUUAGUGCAUUUACUUUUCGGAGGCGAGAAAACGAACAUCACCACGCACAACAGGUAUUUGAUUCGCGUCGGCAGUCUGGAUGACACAUACAGGUGCAAUUUUCAAGCGCUCGAAGAGGAUCUGAUUUGUGCAGACGUACCGAGUGUAACCAAAGGAGUGUGGCUACAGGAAUUGGACGAGAUUAAUGUUAAGUUAACAGAUGUUUGCAGUGAAGAGAAAACGGUAGCUAUUCUCAUUGGCGCGGACGUGGCAGGAAAAUUGUUUACUGGUAGGAUACACGUGUUAGACAGCGGCUUAACUGCAAUGGAAACACGUUUAGGAUGGACACUUAUGGGUAAAGUACCGACAAUAAAAGGAGACAUAAAUUUGGCCGCGACCACUAUUUCCAUGUACGCCAAAGAAGCGGAUAUUAAGGAUCUUUGGGACCUGGACGUGUUGGGGAUUAGGGAUCCUAUCGAAUGUAAGACACAAAAGCAACACAACGAACACGUGGAAAAAAUGUUUAUAGACGCAGUUACAAAAAAUACCGAGGGUCGUUACGAAGUGAGGUUGCCAUGGUUAGAGUGCUAUCCAGAAUUUAAGGAUAAUAAGAUGCUAGCUCUUCGACAGCUAGAAACAAUGACAAAGAAACUUCGGGCAGCCGGCAGGUAUGAAGAUUACGAUGGUGUUUUUAAGGACUGGCUCAAGGAAGGUAUUAUAGAACGUGUCCCGCCGGAACAAGAGUCUCGUCAGGGUAAUUAUAUACCACAUCGACCGAUCUUCAAGGAAAAUUCGACGACCACUACGAGGCCUAUUUACAAUGCGUCGGUGGAAGGAAAAGGGUUGCCGUCACUCAACAGCUGCCUGGAAAAGGGUCCUAACUUGAUCGAAUUAGUUGCCGCCAUACUAUUACGUUUUAGGGAAGGAUGUCUGGGUGUAAUUGCAGAUAUAAGAAGAGCUUUUGUACAGAUAAGUAUACAUCCAGCGGAGCGUGAUUUUCUCAGAUUUUUUUGGUAUGACGACGAAGGAAAAGUUAUAGUUUAUAGACAUUGUAGAGUGGUAUUUGGUGUUUGUAGUAGUCCGUUUAUUCUAGGAGCAAUAAUCAAUUUGCAUUUAUCGAGCGUAUUGAAUUCGUUUAGCGGGAACUCGAUUACGGAGAUAGUUUAUAAUAAUACGAAAAAACUUAAAAGAAGUUUUUAUGUUGAUAAUUGCGUGACGAGUGUGAAUAGUGUGGAUGAAUUGAAUGUUUUCAUGAACAAUGCAAAAACCGUGAUGGAGUCAGGCAAAUUUGAUUUACGCGGAUGGGAAUAUACGAAGGACGGCGGUGCCAAGGGCUUUAGCAAUGUGCUCGGAUUGUUGUGGGACAAAGAGCUAGACACGUUAUCCCUAAACAUAGCUAAUCUAGAGAAAUUAGUUUUUGAGAAAUUGACAAAAAGAGAUAUUCUAUCGGUAGCCCACCGUAUUUUUGAUCCCCUCGGUUUUGUUUGUCCAAUAGCACUCGGACCUAAGAUUUUAUUGCAGGAAGCUUGGGCGGCCAAGUUAUCUUGGGACGAGGAAGUAAGUGACGAUAUACAGAAACGUUUUAUGCAAUGGAUUAACGAACUGAGGAAUAUAAACCAAAUUAAGAUACCUAGAUGCAUGAUCGGAAUGGUAGACGAGACAGAUGAGAUCAGCUUGCACGUAUUUGUUGACGCGAGUGAAUUAGCUUAUGCUACAGUCAUUUUUAUUAGAAUUCAGCGAGAAGAUGACGUACAAGUAUAUUUUGUUCAAGCAAUAACACGAGUCGCUCCUGCAGUCAAAAAUUCGUCAACAGUAGUUACAUGGAUUCAGCGGGAGAAUAAUUGGAGUGUUUUCGUCUCAAAUAGAGUCAAAGAAAUUAGGCAAUUGACAGAUUACAGGCAGUGGAGGCAUAUACCUGGCCAUCGGAACCCUGCUGAUUUACCGUCAAGAGGCUGUACGGUUCAUCAGUUAUUAACUUCGAAGUGGUGGGAAGGUCCAGAUUGGCUUAAGGAAAAUAAAGAAAAGUGGCCUGCUGCACAAGUUUUAAGUAUUGACGAAACAGAGGUCAAUUCUGAGUUAAAGAAGUCGACUCUAGUACAGAACACCACAUUGUUAAGCGUUAAAACUAAAGAUAUUACAGUUGAGAAAGAUACAGAUGAGUAUUGCAAUGCAAAUAUAAAGUUAAUGAAGAUGAUACAAGGCAAACAUUUUGAUACUUUAGAUGAUGAACGCAUUAAAGCUUAUGCUCCUUUCAUGGAUGAUCAAGGACUUAUCAGAUCAAAAUCCAAGCUUUUGUAUAGAGAAGACAUGAAACUAGACAAGUUAGUGCACAUACCGCGCCGUUACCGCUCGAUAGAGGCAGUUCACUUAGAAUUGGUAAGUUCAUUGAAUGUCGCCACAUUUUUAAUGGCUUUGCAAAGGCAUAUAUCUAGACGAGGUAGACCGAGCGUCAUUUACAGCGAUAAUGGUACCAACUUUGUUGGUUUAAAUAAUCAAUUAAGUACAUUAGAUUAUGAGAAGAUCGCGAAGACAGUCGCAAUACAACAGAUAGAGUGGAAAUUUAAUCCACCAUCAGCUCCUUGGUGGGGAGGAUUUUGGGAACGUCUCAUUGGUGUGCUUAAAAGAUUGUUGAGACGCACACUUAAGAAAACGUGCCUUAGUUUCGAGGAAAUGAUGACGACGUUAAUAGAUUGCGAGGCUGUCAUAAACUCGCGACCGAUAACUUUCCUGUCAGAUAGUCAGGAAGAGAUAAUGCCUUUGACUCCGUCAAUGUUUUUACAUGAAGUGAGAGAAAUUGGUGUAUUAGAUUUAGAAAAAAUAGAAAAAGUUAAGUUAAAUAAGCGUUUUUCAUAUAGACAAAAGAUAAAGCAUGAUUUAGGACAAAGGUUUCGAAAUGAAUACCUAGGCGCGCUGAAACAUCAGAAAUGUAAGGGCGAAAAUUUCAAGAAUUUAAAAGUUGGUGAUAUAGUGCUAAUAGACAAUGAUAAUGCAAAACGUUUAGAUUGGCCUUUAGCUAAGAUCAAGCAAUUAUUCCUCGGAAAAGAUGGCUAUGUACGCGUAGCGCGACUAAUUACAGCAUCAGGUGAAAUUACGCUACCAGUUCAACGUCUUUAUCCACUAGAAUUGAAUGCUGAUUGUAAUAGUGAGAACGAAGUACGAAUGGUAUGCGAAAAG